CGGAAGCCAGGGCAAAGCUGGUGGAAGGCAAAUGGCCCAGGGCUCGGCCACCCACCCAAGCCAAGGAUGGAUAGAUGAGCCAGGGAUUCCACCCACCUGCCCUGUGCAGGGGACAAGAAAGUUCCAGGCCUGCGCUCAGCCCUGCCUCUCCUGGCCAGGUUUUCCCAGCCCCACCUCGGAUAAUGGCUGCCGGGCUGCUUGACCUCUGUGCCCUUCUCUUGAUCUUGCUGGACGGGACGCAAGGCUCCAGGAGCCCCGUGGGAAGCGAGCGGCCCUUCAUCACCGUCUGGAACGCCAACACCCAGUGGUGUCUGGAAGAGUAUGGGGUGGACGUGGAUGUCAGCGUCUUCGAUGUGGUGGUCAACCCCGGGCAGGCCUUCCACGGUCCUAACAUGACCAUCUUCUACAGCUCACAGCUGGGGACCUACCCUUACUAUACGGCCACGGGGGAGCCCAUCUUUGGUGGCUUGCCCCAGAAUGCCAGCCUGCAGACCCACCUGGCCUGCGCGUUCUGGGACAUCCAGGCUGCCAUCCCCGCACCUGCCUUCUCGGGCCUGGCGGUCAUCGACUGGGAGGCCUGGCGUCCGCGCUGGGCCUUCAACUGGGAUUCCAAGGACAUUUAUCGGCAGCGUUCCCAGGCGCUGGUGCAGACACAGCACCCCGAUUGGCCGGCGAGCCGGGUGGAGGAAGCAGCCGAAGACCAGUUUCAGGAAGCGGCGCGCGUCUGGAUGGCCAGCACCCUGCAGCUGGGCCGGACGCUGCGUCCUCGGGGCCUCUGGGGCUACUAUGGCUUCCCCAGCUGUUACAACUAUGACUUUCUGAGUGCGAAUUACACAGGGAAGUGCUCACCCACCGUCCGUGCCCAGAACGACCAGCUGAGCUGGCUCUGGAACCAGAGCCGGGCCCUCUACCCCAGCAUCUACAUGCCCGCCCCGCUGGUGGGCACGGGGAAAGCGCGGAUGUUUGUGCAGCAUCGUGUGGGCGAGGCGUUCCGCGUAGCCGCCACUGCCCGGGACCCUAACUUGCCCGUGUUGCCCUAUGUGCAGAUCUUCUACAACAGGACAAAGCUUCUGCCCUUGGAAGAGUUGGAGCACAGCCUGGGAGAGAGUGCAGCCCAAGGGGCAGCAGGAGUAGUACUCUGGGUCAGCUGGGAAAACACAAAGACUAAGGAAUCAUGCCAGGCCAUCAAGGAGUAUAUGGACAGCACCCUGGGGCCCUUCAUCCUGAACGUCACCAGUGGGGCUCUUAUGUGCAGUCAAGCCCUGUGCACGGGUCACGGUCGCUGUGUCCGCCGCCACCGCCACCACCCCAAGGCCCAGCUGUUCCUCAACCCUGCAAGCUUCUCCAUCCAGCGUGCCCUGGGGGGCCGACCUUUGACCCUGAAGGGUACCCUCUCCCUCGAGGAUUGGGCACAGAUGGCUGUGAAGUUCAAGUGUCGCUGUUACCAGGGCUGGCGAGGAGCCUGGUGUGAACACAGGGACAUUUGGUGAUGGGCGGGGCCCACACAGGUUUGCACCUCAUGAACUCUGGGGUGACCACAGCGUUCCGCAAUACAGGCCAUGCAAGUCAUGGUCACGGGACACGCAGACGUCACGCCGGGCAUUAAGAGAUCUGUUUAUUUCAGUGCCCAAAGUGGGGGAACUCUGGUAUCCAGGGGGCACAGGGAGGGUGCGGGGCAGGGGUAGGAUCCUGUCCCCAAGGAACUCA